AUGAAUCCCUGCAGAGGCUUUUCCAGGGGUGCUGUGGCUUCCUUGACCAGUGCCUUCAAGAAGAGGGUGACUGGUGAUGCAACUGCCAAUUCCAGUGAGCAGAGCUUUCGGUGUUGCCUUUGGGUCACCUUCUAUGAAGACAAGAACUUCCUGGGCCGUUACUACGAGUGCGACAGCGACUGCCCUGAUUUCCACAACUACCUGAGCCGCUGCAACUCCAUCCGCGUGGAUGGAGGCACCUGGGUGGCCUACGAGAGGCCCAACUAUGCUGGGAACAUGUACGUGCUGACCCACGGGGAGUACCCUGACUACCACCACUGGAUGGGCCUCAACGACCGCCUGGGCUCCUGCAAGUACAUCCAGAUCCCAAGUGGAGGCCGAGGCCACAUCCAGGUGUUUGAGAAGGGAGAUUUUGGCGGGCAGAUGUUCGAAGCCACCGAAGACUGCCCCUCCAUCAUGGAGGAGUGGCACAUGCGUGAGGUGCACGCCUGCAGGGUGCUGGAGGGCGUCUGGGUGUUCUACGAGCAUCCCAACUACCGGGGCCGGCAGUACGUGCUGCCCAAGGGGGAGUACCGCAAGCCCGUGGAGUGGGGCGCGGCCAGCCCCGCCGUCCAGUCCUUCCGCAGCAUCUCCGAGUGA